AUGUAGUAGGAUCCUAGAAUAUUUUUUUAUUAACUGUGUAUGGAACAAAUUACAUUUAAUAAAGCUAUUGAAUUAUUAAAUUAAGCAAUUUAGUUGAAUUAAACUGAUAUUUACUUCUAUGGAAUAAAAUCUAUAUAUUUAGAAUAGAUUGGAUUAAUAUAAGAGAGUAUUGAUUGCUGGGAUUAAGGAAUUGUAAAUAAUUAAAAUAAUAUAUUAUAUUACAUCGAGAAGGCUAAGACUUUAGAGAAGAAUGGAAAAUUAAAUGAAAUUAUCGAAUGUUGGGAUUAAGGAAUCAAAAUCAAUUAUGAAAAUCCAAAUUUUUAUUGCUAUAUUAUUAAGGCAUUAUAAAAGUAAAAUAGAUUUGAGGAAAUUAUAAUCUAUUGUGAUAAAAUCAUUUCAUAGAAUUCAUAGGCUAUGGAAUUUUUUAGCAAUAAAGCUUGGGCUUUAAAAAAACUGAAAAGAUAUGAUUAAGUUAUAGAAUGUUGGGCUUAAGCAGUAGAAAUUCAUUAAUCUUAUGUACAUUUUUUGGGUUAACAUGCUAAUGCAUUAAAAAGGUAGAAUAGAAUCGAAGAAGCAUUAGAAAAAUUAAAUUAAGGAAUAUUGAAGAAUUUACACAAUAUUUGUUUUUAUAUUGCGAAAGCAUAAUUCUUAGCUGAAUUGUAGAGAAUCAGUGAAGUUUUAAAAUGUUGGGAUUGGGGGAUUGAAAAUAAUAAAGAAAAUAUUUUAUUUUAUAAUGAAAAAUCUAAAAUUCUAAUUGAAUAAGGACAGAUAGAAUAAGCACUUGAGGUCUGGGAUUUUGGGAUCUAAAAUAAUAAAAAUAUUCUUAAUUUUUAUGACUACAAAGCUUCUCUUUUAGAGUAAUUAGAAAGGUUUGAUGAAAUUAUAUAAUGUUGGAAUAAAGGAAUCAAAUUUAAUUAGAACAAUAUAUAUUUUUAUCGAGAGAAAGCUAACGCUUUAUUUGAAUAAGAUAGAUUUUCGGAAAUCUUAGACUGUUGGGACGAAGGAACAAAAUUAAAUAAAAACAAUACAAUUUUUUUCAAUUACAAAGGUUGA